AAAAGGAGGCGGAGCAAAUGUGCCGUGUGCAAUACUGUAGUAGGGAUAAAAGCACUACUACACUUUGAGUAUAAUUCGAGAACAUUUACAAAAGCGAAGCCGAACACGCCAGAUCACACUCCUUCGACUUCUAAAGUUCAAUAGCCUUCCGGAACACAUCCAAUCAUGCCUUUCGUCCCAGCCGAACACCCGAAAUGCCCAAAAUGCGAAAAAUCAGUAUACGCCGCCGAAGAACGUAUCGCCGGAGGACACAAAUGGCACAAGAUGUGUUUCAAAUGUGAAAUGUGCGGAAAAUUCUUAGACUCCACCAACUGCGCCGAACACGACAAGGAGCUGUACUGUAAAAACUGCCAUGGCAGGAAAUACGGACCGAAAGGAUACGGUUUCGGUGGCGGUGCUGGUUGCCUGAGCACAGACACUGGCGACCAUCUCGCUCACGUGUCGGUCAUGCACAGGCCACAGGCGCCUUUAGAAUCGCGAGCAAUAGCCAGGGCACCAGAAGGCGAAGGAUGUCCCAGGUGUGGUGGAUUUGUGUACAUGGCCGAGCAGAUGUUGGCAAAGGGCAGAGGAUACCACAAAGAAUGCUUUAACUGUUUUCAAUGUCAUAAAACGUUAAACUCGGUGAUACACUGUGACGGGCCGGACGGCGAAGUUUAUUGUAGAGUUUGCUAUUCGAAGCGCUACGGACCCAGAGGUAUAGGGCAUAGUGGUGCAGGUGGUCAGUCAAUUGGUUUGACAUGUGACCUAACAGACGAUAUGGAAAGGGAUGUCAACACAUCUCGCGCUCCUGUUAUCGACACCUCUACCAUACAAGCUAAACCGGGCCAAGGUUGUCCCCGUUGCGGUGGUGUGGUCUUUGCUGCCGAACAAGUCUUGGCCAAAGGAAGCGAAUGGCAUAGAAAAUGUUUCAAAUGCAACGAUUGUAAUAAAACUUUGGAUUCGAUAAUUGCUUGCGACGGUCCAGAUCAUGACAUUUACUGCAAAACAUGUUACGGUAAAAAAUGGGGUCCUCAUGGUUACGGAUUCGCUUGUGGAUCUGGAUUCCUCCAGACCGACGGCGUGACGGAAGAUCAGUUAUCAGCUUCACGACCGUUUUACAAUUCGAACACUACGUCCAUCAAAGCGGCUGAAGGAGAAGGCUGUCCGAGAUGUGGUGGAAAAGUGUUUGCUGCUGAACAACAACUAGCUAAAGGAGCUAUGUGGCAUAAGAUCUGCUUUAGCUGUGCCGCUUGUCACCGACCGUUGGAUUCUACGUUGGCUUGCGACGGUCCCGAUAAGGAAAUUUACUGCCGGGCAUGUUACGGUAGAUACUUUGGACCAAAAGGUUUCGGUUACGGACAUUCGCCAACUUUGAUUUCCACCAAAGGAGAAAAUACAAUUUUAUUCCCAGAGUCCAGGCCAACGUCUGGAACGAAGAGCAGAAACGGCAAGGGAUGCCCGAGGUGCGGAUACGAAGUCUACGCUGCCGAGCAAAUGAUCAGCAAAAACAAGGUCUGGCACAGGAGGUGUUUCACUUGCGGCAAUUGCAGUAAGUCGCUGGACUCGACUAACUUGACCGACGGACCGGACGAGGACAUCUACUGCAGGCCGUGCUACGGCAAACACUUUGGGCCCAAAGGAUGCGGUUUCGGAAUAGGCGCCGGCGCCUUGACAAUGGCUUGAACGCCGCAUACCACCAUACAGCGUUCAGUAUAAAUAUUGAAAGCCAAACAAUAUAACUUUUCAACCAAGAUAUACCUAUUUUUAAUAAGAAUACACGUACGGCGUGUCACGCUUUUAAUGUAAUAACUACCACACUAAUUUAAUAAAGCCCUCGAAACUA